AUGCUUUUCAGUCUCAAGCCCACUCUCUUUCUAGCCCUGGCUCUCACUGCAGUUGCUAGCCCCAUCGCCAACCCAACGGCCGAUGAGCCUAGUACUCUUGUUGCCCGCGGCCGCGCGAAGAUCAAAGAUGUCAACUGCGGCGGAGAGAUUUUAACCAAAAUGGACAUCAGUAACGCCAUCCGACAGUCCAAAGGUAACGGUGGUGGGAUAUAUCCAAAGCCUUUCAUGAACUACGAUAACUUCUUUGGUGCCUCCAAUAUGCAAGAGUAUCCGUUGAUCCCGGGUGGUACAUAUACGGGAAAUGGCGCACCGGGAAAGUACCGGGUUAUCAUGAAUGGGAGUAACCAGUAUGUGGGGUCGGUGUAUCAUCCUACGCUUACGGGCAAUACUUUCAAGAAGUGCAGUAAUAUUGCGGACAGUCCUACCACCACGACGACUACUACGACUACCACCAGGACCACUACCACGGCUACUGCGAAGGCUACUACAAAUGAUAGUAACAACUCCUCUGGCAACUCCUCUGGCAACUCUGGCAACUCUGGCAGCAAGUCCAGCAAGAAGUCUACCAAGAAGCCCAGUACCAAGACCGGUUCCCACUAGAGACGCACCACUUGCAGCGCUUAUGACAGCAAUACAUUCUCAUAUAGGACUGUCUGCGCAACAUCCAAGCACGCUAGGAGAAAUGGC